AUGGAGGAGCAAAUACGAAAGCCUGCAAGACCAACAGAUAUCCAGAAUAUGGACUGGGUACCUUCAUUAGAACUACCUGGAUCGUACAGUGGCAGCGACUUUGAUUCGCUUAGUUUGUGGUCGAGUUCCUCAGCUUCGAAACGAUCUUGUAGAUCGGUGCAGGCUGGAUCGUUGAACAACAUCGACGAAACAAUGUCUUCCAUGUCGACACAAAACAACGAAAUGCUAUUUCGUCACCGGAGGCACCUGGAUUUUGUGUUUAGAGACAUUGAAGCUGAUGAUGUACUAAAAUCCGACCUUGUAUCAAAUGAUGAAAAAUCGACACUGAAUGCAUCCGUAUUUCGCACUGAAAUUGGCGUGCAAGUUGGAGAAAGGUGCUUUUCAUCGGAAACAUUUAAUCAGUACUACAAGGAAAUGAUGCGUCUACAGGAGCAUUGUUAUAAAUUGGAUACCCAAUUAUCCCUGGCCAAUAGGGGAAUAGAGUUUUUAGUAGAUGAUGCCAAGUGUAAUUACUAUACCUGGAUUGAAAAACUAUCCGUAUUCACUAAACUCUACGAGUUUCUGAAACCAUCACUCGAUGAACCAUACUGCAGGUUCAGCCAGGAUCAAAUACUGAUCAUGACCUUGACAAAGUUAAGACUCAACAGCAUUGGCCCAUGA